AUGUACGUUAAGGCAGCCGCAAACGCGUCUAUCGUUGCGGUUAAGGGGGGCGCGACUCUUGAUCAGUAUGACGCGAAAUUGAUACAAUGCAGAGUUGCAAUCAGCAGGUUGACAGAAAUCUUAAGGAUACUUCGGAUCCUCGAGGGAACGCUCAAGAGGACCAAUGGGACGAAAACUAUCAUUCCCCUUAUGAACUACAUUCUAGCUUUAUAUGGCGGAUUGACCCUGAAUGCCUCGGAAAUACUGAGCCGAAGAUUACGCUUGCUGAGCGAAUUUCGUUUGUGCAAAAUAACCGAUGUUAACCCACCUUUGAACUCGUCGCCUAUUAGCCUAGAUUGUGAAUUCCCCGAGGUGUCAUCAGAUUUUCAAGAAUAUACAGCCCACGUCUAUGAUCGCCAAUUACAAAACAAGUUGUUACAAGCGGCGAUCAACAUCACCCAAAAUGCACUUCAAGUAUAUGAUAGAAAAUACAAACAGUGCAAUAUGGAACGCAGCGCCAAUAGGCCUACUAGCAUAUCCGGAAGACCAACUACUUUCGAAGAGGGCAGUUUCGAAGAGCUUAUCCAGCCUUUAGACGUGCCUAUGAUACUGGAUCUUGCAGUUCUUAUCAAAGAUUUCGAAGUGGACACAUCCGAAAGCUCAUUUCGCAAACUCAGCUUACAAGUUUUGACUAAAUUCAAAGACCAUUUUAACGAAAAAGCCUUGCCUCCAAUAAAAACGUACCACACUUCUCUUUUUCGAUUUUCUAAAGCUUCUUCCCUCAGUCAAUCCAAAAUCAUAAUGAACUUACCUUACUGGCAGUACACUAUGCAUCGCAUUUACGCCUUGCUUUUGAGAAUACUUUACAUUUUAACAAUCACCAAGGCGUUUUUAAGACAAGCUUACAUUCCUAAUAGAGCUUUCUUUGAGUCUCCUCGAACACAGCUGCAUUCUCCAAACGUUUUUGAGUUCAGAGAACUUAUAAAAAAUCUCGACACGAUAUGCAUGGGUCCGAACGAUCUAUCUGAUUUGGUCGAAAGACUUCAGUGCUACAGCCAACAGGGAUUUUCGCUUGCGGUUCAGCCCUCUUCAGUUUUAGAGGCUUAUAAUUCUGAAGUUUCAGUAGCAACUCGCAAAUUAAGGUUUUAUUUUCAGAUCGUUGAAAGCUUGCUCUCUGUUUGGAAGCAUAUUCAGGCAAGCUCUUUAAAUAAUGAAGCUUUUGGCUCUCUUGAUGAAUUAGGAUUGUCUAAGGCUGUCGAAGAAAGGCUUGCAGUUGACAGGCUUGAUUUUAUUGAAAGAAAAAACAAGGAAGCUCAACUCAAAGAAAAACAGAAGGAAGCUGCUGCGGCCGCUUCGACCGAAAGCUCUGUCAAAACAAUUUUCAGAAGAUCUUCGAUUCAGAGGUCUAAAAUGUCGCCUUCCCCAAGUGGGUCGACCUCUCCGAGCUCCCUUUCCCCAGCAAGUAUGAGCAGAUCACCUAGCCAAAACCUUAAGAGAGGAACCUUGCCAAAGAAACCACUUAAUGGAAGUAGUAUCUCAUCUCCGCUUGCCUCCAGGCGUGGUUCCGUUUCAGGGAGUACUUCUAAUGCCGGAAACCGAAAGCCGUCAAAUGAAGGAAGCUCAAAUGGCUCCCCGAGGAUUGACGAGACCUUACAAACCGGAGGAAGAAAGCGCUCUUCCUCACUGCAGUCUUCGGUGCUUGCUUCGCAUAACCAAGCAGAUAACAUGCACCGUUCCAACUCACUACAAGCAGCAGCUACGUUAAACCAACGCAUGGUUCGGAACACCUUUGCGAAACUAUCAGCUAAUAUUGAGGGAAAUGGAGCGCUAAAUAGCGACUCAAAGACAGAUAGGCUAGCAACUCCAGCAAACUCUUCAAGGCAAAUGAUGAGGUCCAGCUCUCCUUCCCCGCUGCGUCAAAAAGGUAAGUCAUCAGGUGCGAGCCCUGCUGGUCCAAGAAGUGGAAUAGAAUUACCAGAUGUUGAAUCGUUGGUUCUUGAUGAAGGAAAGCUCGCUCUUGUCUCCAAGCAAUCGCCCUCUGGUAGCACCUCAGCUCCUACAAAAAGUCUUGUAGAAAGCUCAUCUAGCGAGAUCAGCCCAAAUUCAGAAGUAGAAUAUCAGACAAUAACUCUCGAAACAGUUAAAAAGGUUCGCUUCACGGGAGUUCCGCCAAUGUCGGAGAAAGAGGACCCUAGACCUAAGAGAAAAGGCUGGUACAAAAAACCUCAGGUACUUUACUACCCUCCACCCCCUCCCCAAGUCGCAGUGCAACAAUAUCGGCUACGGCAGGAAGGUCAAGCAUUUCGUAAAAGUUUAAGAGAUGGAGACGGGGAGAACGGUGGCGUAUCCAAAAGAACAGCAUUUAUGUCACAGAGCGAUGUCCACUUGUCCCCAACACAUAAGUUCUCGUCAAAGAUACGAGAUAAGCUCUCUAGGUAA